AUGAGGUUUCUCGACAUCGCCGUCUUCGGGGCGCUCGCCUGUCACGAAGCAUCAGCUACUGACCUCCUGCAUACGCGCAAACAAGAUAUCACCGAAGCCUGUCCUGAUUAUGUCGCGUACUCGCAGACAAAACAUCCUCCAUACAGUGAAGGGCCUCUCAAGCUCUCGUACCAGCGACCUAUACCAGAAUGCCGGACGUUCUCCUCGCCCUUGGUCGAGAAGGUGAUAAAGGACAUCACCUCGCGCAUGGUCGACAAAGACCUCGCUCGGAUAUUUGAGAAUGCGUUCCCUAACACACUCGACACGACUGUUCGGUGGCACGUCGACGGCACGGAGAAGAAAAACGAAGCUCGAAGAGCAAGCGAGCAGGCGGCGUGUGGGAAGGCCCCCAGUCAGUGGCUCCGGGAUUCGACGAACCAGCUAGCGCAAUACCAAAAACUGGCGAACGGAGACCCUAAGAUAAAGAACUUAAUACUAGGAGCUAUAAAUACGCAGGCUGAAUUUGUGAUCCAGUCUCCAUAUUGCAAUGCAUUCCAACCACCGCCUCCGAGCAAUUUACCACCGACAAACAAUGGACAGAUGGACCAGGUUCACCCAGCAUAUGAACCCAGCGUGGUGUUCGAGUGCAAGUAUGAGCUUGACUCCAUUGCCAACUUCCUUUCCCUAGGAAACCAAUUCUAUGAGGAGACCAAGUCAAAGGCGUUUCUGACGUCUAGGUGGUACGAAGCUCUGAACACUGUUUUGCGAGUACUAGACGAACAGAGCCAACCUACUUUCAAUGAAAACGGGCAAUACCGGCGCAACGAGUAUACCUUCCAGCGCCAUACUAAUGCUGGUACAGAGACUUUGAGUCUAAUGGGUAUUGGCAACCCGCUGGGCAACGGCACUGGUCUUGUUCGUAGUGCUUUUCGACCAAGCGACGAUACCACCAUCCUAGGGUUUUUCAUUCCUGCCAAUGCAAUGAUGUCUGUCGAGCUAGCAAAAACGGCGGAGACUCUCUCUAAAGCCGGAGGGGCUAAAGAGCUUAUCCAAAGGUUGAAGCAGUACUCCGAGCGGAUCCGAGAAGGUAUCUAUAACCAUGCGGUCGUGACACAUAAAACAUGGGGUCGAGUGUUCGCCUUUGAAGUUGAUGGCUACGGAUCAAGCAUUUUCAUGGACGAUGCCAACCUCCCUUCACUGCUUGCCCUACCACUGCUUGGAUUUGUCGACCAGAAUGAUGAAGUCUAUAAAAAUACACGAAAAAUGAUUCUCUCAAAAACUGGUAAUCCUUACUACCUUACCGGAUCGGCGUUUCAUGGCAUCGGUGGACCACAUAUUGGUCUGCAAAAUGCAUGGCCGAUGUCCGUACUUGUACGUGCCCGGACUGCGAACUCCGAUAAGGAGGUUAUGGAGUCCAUCAAUAUAGUGCGUGAUUCAUGCCUUCUAGGCUUAGUCCACGAGAGUGUGGACGUGAACCGUAUCGCCAAAUAUACACGCAGCUGGUUUGCGUGGGCAAACAGCGUCUUCGCGCAAACCAUUCUUGACCUGGCAGAGAAUAAACCGCACUUGAUAUUUGGUAAAGGUGCAAAGCCUUACAAAGUUGCCUCUGACGCCCAAGUUUAG